CCGGCGCACAGCUAACUUCCGCCCAACUCGUUUUUUUCCGCAUCGGCAAACUGGAGAGAAAAAAACAAAAAAACUCCUUGCGAAGUUUGACGUCUCGGAACUGUGAAAGUUUACUUGUGUGAAUUUUUCAGCUCCAGCAAGAUGAUUUUACUGACAAUGAUCGCUCGUGUGGCGGACGGAUUGCCACUUGCUGCGUCCAUGCAAGAGAAUGACCAGUCAGGAAGAGACCUCCAGCAGUACCAGAGUCAAGCCAAGCAGCUGUGUCGUAAACUGAAUGCACAAAGUCCAGACCGCUGCACCCUGGAAGCAAAGGACAUGAGCUUUCAUUAUUUGAUAGCAGAAGGUGUUUGCUACUUGUCCCUUUGUGAGCCGUCUUUCCCCAAGAAAAUUGUCUUUGCAUACCUUGAGGACCUUCACAGUGAGUUCGCCGACCAGUAUGGACGGAAGGUUUCCUCAGUGACCAGGCCGUACUCCUUCAUUGAGUUUGAUACAUACAUCCAGAAAACCAAAAAGUCAUACACUGACAGCAGGGCCAGGAGGAACUUGGGUAGUAUCAAUACAGAGCUACAAGAUGUUCAAAGAAUUAUGGUCGCCAACAUUGAAGAAGUUUUGCAACGUGGAGAAGCACUUUCUGCUCUGGACACAAAAGCCAGCAAUCUGUCCACCUUGUCGAAGAAGUACCGCAGUGACGCCAAGUACCUGAACACCCGCUCCACGUACGCCAAAGUGGCUGCUGUGACCGUCUUCUUCAUCACACUCAUCAUCUACGUGCGCUUCUGGUGGCUCUGAUGAGACGAUGACACAAUCUUUGGAGGGAUUUCUCACUGAGAGCUGCACAUUUAAACUGAUUACCGCUGUGCCUAAACAGCUGACGUGGAGUUCGUUCGAAAGCCGUUUGAGCAUUUAUUCCCUAUUCUUAAUAUCCAGCUUGAGGUCCAUUUACUUGUACGCUCUUUGUCCUCACUAUUAAGACAAUUCAGCGCACUAGUAGAUUUACUAGUAAUGUUUUUUCCCACUACUGGGGCCACCUUUGGCCUACCUGCACACAAUUAAACUGUACUAGUAAACUACUGUGCAGCAUUAGUGGGCAAUGCUACCAGCCAGGCCCAACCGGUUGGCAUGUGUCAUGCAGGUGACCCUACAAGUAGCACCGAAAUGCCCACGAGUAGUUUUGCCUUACGAGAAAUACACAUUUGUCCUACUAGUAUGCCAAAGUUGAAGUAGUGGGGAAAAAAUUUCUACUAGUGCGGAAUGGUCUUACUACUGAGGCCAAACACCGUACUAGUACAUGGAACUUUUUUCAAUAGAAGCCAUUUGAGCAUUUAUUCAUAUCCAGAUUAAGUUCAAUGUAUUAGUACACCUUUGUCUUCACUAGUAGGACAACUACAUGUUACUAGUGAGGCAAAAUGUAGUAAAAGUCGUUGACAAAGUAGUAAAAGUAGUUGACAACUAUGUUACUAGUGACAUAAAAAAAUUAUACUAGUUAACAUCUAACAUUGUAGUGUGCUGAUGUCAACUAGUGCAGUUUUGCCUCAAGUAACCUACUAGUAUGCCAGUUGUCCUACUAGUGUGCACAAAUGUCGUACAGUAGUGGGGGGGAUAUGUGCCUGAAUUGUCUUAAUUAGGACGACGCACAUACAAGUUCAUUGAGCUUAUGCUGGAUAUCGAAUAUAUUGAAUAAAUGCUCAAAUGUCUUUCCAUAAGAGCUAAAAUUUUGGCCCAGGAGCCAUGAUAUGGACAAUGAGUGUAGAGCAAGCGACCAGUUGGUUUGGUGAAGUCUUGCUGUGGAAGCAGGCUCUUUGUGGUGCGUUCAAGAAGUUCAACUGUGAGAUGUGUUUACAUGUUUGUUUUAUGAAGAUGUCUUGUGUUUCACCCUGUGGAACAAAGCUCUUUGUCUUAAAAACUGUGAUUAAAAAAAAAAUUGUUCAAUGUUAACAUAAGUCAAAGACUCAAUAAUGAGCAAAAUGUCAGUUUUAUUACAAAUGUUUGUGAUUAAUUAGUAAACUAUAAGUAUGCUUUG